AUGGCGAGCCCGGUAGUGAAGUCGGUGACCAUUCGCACAGUUUUGAGCAUUACUUUAUCAAAGUCAUGGUCCAUUCAUCAAUUGGACGUCAAAAAUGCUUUUUUACAUGGUACUCUCAAUGAAACAGUUUAUAUGCAUCAACCCAUGGGUUUUAAAGAUUCCUCUCAUCCUGAUUAUGUUUGCUUGUUAAAGAAAUCACUCUAUGGCCUAAAGCAAGCCCCUCGUGCUUGGUACAAGCGUUUUGCAGAUCAUGUGGCCACAAUCGGUUUCAAUCAUAGUAAAUCUGAUCACUCACUUUUCAUAUAUCAUAAGGAAUCUGACAUUGCAUAUAUUCUGUUAUAUGUUGAUGAUAUUAUCCUAAUAGCCUCCUCUGACUCUCUUAGAAAGUCAAUUAUGUCAUUAUUAAGUGCAGAGUUCGCUAUGAAGGACCUUGGUCCACUGAGCUAUUAUUUAGGGAUUGCAAUUACCCGUAAUGCAACCGGUAUGUUUCUCUUGCAAAAAAAAUAUGCGGAAGAAAUUCUUGAAAGAGUAGGGAUGACUAAUUGUAAAACUUGUCCCACACCGGUUGAUACAAAGCCCAAACUUGGUGCCUCUAAUGACAUUCCCUAUGCAGAUCCUACUAAGUAUAGACGUCUUGCAGGUGCAUUACAAUAUCUUACUCUUACAAGGCCUGGCAUUUCUUAUGCGGUGCAACAAGUAUGUCUUCAUAUGCAUGAUCCCAAGGAAAAUCACAUGAAUGCUCUCAAGUGUAUUUUACGUUACAUUCAGGGUACUAUUGAUUUUGGCCUGCAUUUGUAUAAAUCCACCAUUGGCAACCUCCUCUCCUACACAGAUGCCGAUUGGGGUGGAUGUCCGGAUACUAGACGAUCUACCUCUGGAUAUUGUGUUUUCUUCGGUGAUACUUUGAUUUCAUGGUCGUCUAAACGACAACCUACAUUAUCCCGCUCUAGUGCUGAGGCCGAAUACCGAGGAGUAGCUAAUGUUGUUUCUGAAUCUUGUUGGAUUCGAAACCUCCUUCUUGAGCUUCAUUGCCCAAUUCACAAAACUACAAUGGUGUAUUGUGACAAUAUGAGUGCCAUUUAUCUAUCAGGUAAUCCAAUUCAACAUCAAUGCACAAAACACAUUGAAAUGGACAUUCACUUUGUCCUUCAUAUUCCGUCCCGCUAUCAAAUUGCUGAUAUCUUCACUAAAGGCCUUCCGCGCAUACUCUUUGAUGAUUUUUGGGACAGUCCAAGCGUUUGUAAACCUUCCGUUUUGACUGCGGGAGUGUGUUAG